CAAGCGCCGUGCUCUACCAGCUGAGGUACAGAGGACCACAUUAUUAUUAUGAGUUAUUAUUCACCAUAAAGAUCCUAUUAAAUUCCUAUUAGUAUUCUAAUUCCUAAUGAUAUGGUAUUCACUCGAUAGGGCCUAUUCAUAUCGGUGUGAGAGAGAUUGCACAAAAGUCAAUUUAAAGUGAUAAUGUAUGAGUCCCACCCGGGCAGCAGACUGUGCGUGCGCUCCAUUCAACGAGCGGGGCUUCCAUUGUGCGCGCAGGGGUCCCAAGGGAGCACCCACACCCAACACCGCACUGGGGCUACCCUCAGAAAGCGGAGGUGCUCCUCGGAACCGUACGCAGUGACACUUCUUCACACUGACAACUGGCUGGCUGGCUGAGCUGAGCGCUGAAAAGUCUAGAAAAAUGUCAGUAACCAAUGCGCAAGCGCAUGGCUGAACUAGUAGCCCACCUCUCAUUCGAGGCACUCUCGCCAUAGAUGGACUCGGAGUGAGAGCCUGGGAGGCAAUACUGUAUGAAUGGGUGAAAAGUUUACAUCUCUUGCACGUCUCUUUCUGGCGUAGCCUAUCCUUAAUGCGCACCAGAGACUGUGCUUUAUUCGAUUUUAGUCUCAUGGACUAGUUUCCAACAUUUUAGUCUACUGUAGAAAAGUUUUGAGAAGUUCACCUCAUGACUUGCAUUAGAAGUGGAGAAAAACAACUUGCUGGGCUGGUGGACUGGACAGAGGGACAAGGGGAGAUUCCGUGAGAACACUCGCAGGGCGCGUAUGGAUUACAUGUAAGGCCAGUGUUGGUUUCGCUGCAUCUCUGGGGGAAAGUCAUCCGAGAAGCGUAUUUUCAGGAGACCAUGGACAGCCUCGCUUCCGUGCCAGAGGGAUUCCGCUCAGCCUGGAUUGAUGUUGGAUUUACCCGGGGCUCGGAGAGCUCACAGCCGUGAAAUUGAGAGUGAAAGACGCGCUAUGAAAUAAUAGGCUAGUUGUAAGAUUGGUGCCAAAUGUAGGCUAUUUAUGUUCUGGGUAUUUGAUAAUGGUUUAUUUUCUCAACAAGCGUUACUAACGCUAAUUGGAAUCUUGUGAUAAACUUCAAACAGUGGACACUUUUAAAAGUAGCGCUUUGGUGACACAUUUGUGGAUCUAUUGAAUUAGGCUUACCCACGGAAUUCCACUGUCAAAUGAUAGUUUCAAAGUCGUUAGUUUUGUUUCCACUUUGUCGCCUCUCUCUUUCAUUUAAUUCAUUCACCGUAUCACUCUGUUAGCCAGGUUAGAGCCUGAGAGUAAGAGAAAGAAAGCAUCUGUCUCACAGCGCGCCCAGUGUGCACACGGGCACCAUGGUCGGGAUGUGGGGUGGCCGAGGUCUCCCAAUGUCUGUCACAGUGGUUGUGACUCUGCUCCUGGCUAUUAUUGACGUGAAGGCGAGUGGGGAGUACUGUCACGGUUGGCAUGACAACCAGGGCACAUGGAGAGAGGGCUUCCAGUGCCCGGAGAAGUUCGAUGGUGAGGAUGCCAUCAUCUGCUGCGGGAAAUGCGAGCUCCGGUACUGCUGCUCCAGGACUGAAGCACGGCUGGACCAGGGGACUUGUGACAACGACAAGCAAGUCCAGGAACCGGGCACUGACAGCAAGGAGAACAAGGAGACGGGCGCAGUACCCAUCUACGUUCCCUUCCUGAUCGUGGGCUCUGUAUUCGUGGCCUUCGUCCUGGUGGGUUCCGUGGUUGCUGUUUGCUGCUGCCACUGUCUCCGCCCCAAACAGGAACUGUCGUCAGGGGGCGGGUCUGGUGGCGGCCGUCUCCUUGAGACCAUUCCCAUGAUGGCUAGCGUGGGCACGUCUCGCGGUUCCUCCUCCCGCCAAUCAAGCACGGCCACCUCAUCCAGUUCCUCUGCCCCUCCUGCCCAGGUGCCUCGCCCGGCCCCCCAGCCCAUGAUGCGUGCCCAGGCCUCCUGCUGUCUCCCUCCAGACACCAGUGUCUUCGUCAACAUGCCGACCAACUUUUCUGUGCUCAACUGCCAGCAGGCCACCCAGAUCAUGCCCCACCAGGGACAGUUCAUCCACCCCCAGUACAUCGGCUACGCCACCCACCACAUGUCCCCACCCCAGGGGGUCUACCUGGACCCCACCCAGGGGGGCUACAGACAGCUGCAGUCCCCCUACCCCCCACCCACCAGUGUGGCCAGUGUCACCAGCGAGCAGAAGUACCCUCCAGUAACAGUUUAAGCCAUUUUGGGGACUGUGUGUAACAGACCUUGUGAGGACUAUGUGCCUUAUGGGGACACUGGGAGAAACCUUAUGGCCACUCUGUGAGAAACCUUAUGGGGACUGUGUGAGAAACCUUAUGGGGACUGUGUGAGAAACCUUAUGGGGACUGUGUGAGAAACCUUAUGGGGACUGUGUGAGAAACCUUAUGG